UUUUAUACGAAAAUUUACGUUUGUUUUAAAACAAACCGAUGAUGAACAGUCAGUUUUUUAACGCAGAGUAGAAAAGACGUGCUAAAUAAAUAUUCAAAACUUUAAACAAACAUUCGAAAUAUUUGAAAUAAAUUAAAGCGGUUACAAAAACAAAACAAAAAUCAUUAAAUAAAUAAAAUCGUUUAAUAAAUUUUAUAAUAAAAUAAAAAUAAAUAAAUAAACAAUUAUUUAAAAUGCAAGUUUUGGAACAAAGAGAAUCAAUACUAAAUUCGACAAAUGAAAUAUUUGAUGGCUGCAUACAAGUGGAAGGAAUUAAUCCAAAAUUAGAUGAAAACAAUAAUCAAAGUUUUCCACUUAACACCACUGUGCCUAGUUUUCCGGGAGUUUCACAGCUAUUGCCCAGUCUGUAUUUGUGUGGCGCCAGUGUUAUUACACCCCAGAUUCUAACACAAUUGGGAAUUAAUUUUGUCAUCAAUGUGGCCUCUGAACUGCCAGAUACUCCCCUACCAACAACAACGAAAAUUUUAUAUUUACGCAUUAAUGUCCAGGACAGCACUCACACGGAUCUAUCAAAACAUUUCGACGAGGUGGCGGAUAUGAUUGAGGAGAUACGCCGUAAUGGUGGCAAAACCCUGGUGCAUUGUGUGGCGGGUGUCAGCCGUUCGGCCACCUUAUGUCUGGCCUAUUUAAUGAAAUAUGGCCACAUGAAUCUUAAAGAUGCAUUUUUGCAUAUCAAAUCUAUACGUCCUCAUAUCAGGCCAAAUUCAGCUUUCUUCCAGCAGCUACGCUGCUAUGAAGAACAACUAUUGGGUUUGCAAUCGAUUAAAAUGAUAUUCUUGGAAUGUCUGCAAAAAGAAAUUCCCGAUGUUUAUGAAGCUGAAUACCGUCCAAUGGAGGAAUUCUAUCAAAGGCAGCGCACCUUCAGAAGACGUCAUAAUUCUGAACCUGUUAAAACAUAAAACCUCAAAAAGAGUUUCUCCAAGAACAACUCAACACAAUUUAGCCUCAACAAAAGAAACCACAGGGAUGUGAAGAGCUUUCAGCCGGAAACAACAUAACAUUGCAAAGUAUCUAUGUUCUGUUAUUUGUUUGUUUUUUUUUAGUAUCGAAAGCUUCAAAUUUGCAGCGUGAUUCUUAGUCAGCAAUGACGGACAUUGUACUCACAAAAUGAUGAUGCAACGAUUUGUAUGUGUUUGUGCAUGUUUUUAUAAAAAAUAGCAAGAUUUUUCACCAAAUAAACCAAUGUAGCACAAAUAGUCACGAGUUCACUAAAAGUAACCACUAGAUGAGAAUGCACUCUUAAGAUGUUUCCAUAAAUGUUUAAAAAUAAUUUUCUAACUACACUUUUUUUUAUUAUUAUGUAGAUGAAACAUGGUAGAAGAAUUUAUGAAUUUUAUGUAAUUUUAAUAAAUUUUUAUUUAAAUAAAAUAUUAAAAAAAAUCUUAAAUUAAAGCAAAAAA